AUGUGCGGUGCGUAUGGCUACAGUGGGCAUUCUAUAGAAGAGAGAACGGUUUUAGUUGGAUAUUCUUGUGAACAGCAUGAUGAAUCAAAAGGUGAAAUAAACCACACCCCUGUUGGGAUUGUUGUUGACAUAUCUAUGGAAAAAGCAACUACUAGGAGCAUUCUACCUACUACAACUGAUGCGUCAGGAAAUGGCGUGAAGAACAAUCACAUUCUGGGGAGUAGAUCAAAAAAGACCAAGAAAGGCGAUGCCCCGCUGCGAACAUUAUACAAGCCCAGCCUUCAAUAUCAAACAACCACAGAGCCAAUUCCGACCUCAAAGCGGAGUAUUCUACCAAAUAACCGCAGAGACUCCAUCGAGGUGGGGAAAUCAACAACUACACUGGGCACGGAAGAUGUCGCAUUUAUAUUAGAUCAUGACAAUUAUGCUUCGGAUUCCUCAAGGGCACCUAGUGAGAUCUGGACGGAGUCUGACAGAGCAGCCGUUUCAAUUAGUACAAUUCCUCGCGUGGAGAUAGUAUCUGCUGAGCUGGUCAGUCUGCUAGCCGAAUAUGCCAGACUCAAAAACCUCUAUAAGCCACUCAUCACUGCGCUUGGCCACAUUGCAACUGGUGAAGCAUUGGUCGCAGUAUUGAAAUCCUAUGCCAAAUCACUCAAAGUGAACUCGAGCCAACCACAAGAACAUAAAGCCGGUGAACUUGUGAGAUCGCACGCCCGUCGAAUCUCAUAUGCUUGCGUUACAUUUCAUGAUCCUCGCGCACCUGCGAUCGACUUGGAUGACAGAUGGGAAGCCCUUCAUCGACAAAAGGUCCAGGCUUCUACUCGUAUGGAGGAUUAUUUGAAUAAUGUAGCAAGCCGUGAGCUUCCAGAACAGGAUUCGCAAAAUGGCCUAGAUGAAUUGUCGGACGAUAGCGACAGAGAAUACAUUGAAGAUCCAUUACCGAACUUAAGCAAAGUUAAAGCUUCCAUGACAAGUGGUCCACCAUUCGAUCAGCUGUGUGCGGAUAUUUCACAUUUAUUGCACGAGAAUCGAGAUAGAAAAGGAGCAACAUUCGUCGAAUUAACUAAAUCCGAUGCGGCCAAGAAGACAGCCAAAAACAGCCAAACGAUUGACGAGAAAUGUGAUAUCCUGGAACUAAAUAGCUUGCGUGGGUGUCCAGACGAUACUCCACAGGAAACAAACGACCGUCGACAGGUCUCCUCAUCAGUCAUGUACAAAUCCUACCUGGUUUUCAUGCCGUGGCUCAAGUCGAAGUUCUGGUCUUCAAGGAGACCAGAAUCCACUCAGCUUAGUUGGAUCUGCGUGAGUAUGAUUAUAUAAAACUCGCUUUAUCCCCUUUCACAAUUAUUUAGGAUUGUGGUUCCACGUUAUAUGAAGACUAUGCAACAAAAAAUCCAGAAACCAUUAGCAAACUUUCUCGACUGAUAGAAAGACCUGUUAACGUCACAACAACCACCUCUGUUGGUUCAGGGCCCUCGAAUAUUCAGACACCCUGUACUCCAACCUCUUCAUCCAACAUUCCACUUCCAAAGAUACCAACACAUGAAGAUUUCGAAGGAAGGGCUGUACACAAUUGCCAAAUACUGAAUGGGAGCUGCAAAACAUGCUUCAAAAGGAUGACAAGAAAGUUUCUCGCUCUCUGUGUGAAUACCGGAAGGUUCCAUAAAACACUAGGGGAAAUUGAGGUGACGGACAUAUGUCGAGACAGCGAGGCCUUCUCUCGGAUCAGAUCCCGUUACCUCGAAGUACGUGGCUUUCGUGCAAGGGUUCGCAACUGUUUCUUCUGAAGGCCAGUAAAGUGCAUUUUGUCAAAGUACGUUUUCUGAUUUAAGUGUCACAUAGUGCUUUGGUCAUCGCUAAAAGUCUUGACAACAGAUUAAUGUCGAAGACACAUUCCGAGCAGACAUAAUCGAGGCCCCCUCAAUCCCACCCCUCACAGAAGUCCAUCUAAAGCACUACGAGUACUCACCCAUUGACCUCCCCCUCCCACCCAUCACCUCCAACUCCUUUCUCCACUACCUCGAAAACCCCGAUUGCGAGUCCCUCAAGCGAACAAAGCGAUGGCUUAGCUGUCUCCCAAAACGCUUGGAAGAGCAACUUUUGUGGAGGAGGAUAACUAGCGAGCCUGAUAUCAUCGUGUCUGGCUGGGGGAUUCACAUCGAAGAGAACCUGAACGAGGAGGGUCGCGCAACCCUGGCGUUCGUAAUCUUGUCGGUCAGUGCGAUGGUUGGUGUCGUCUAUUCGGCUAUGAUGGCGGAUGCUUCGGGUGGUUUCACGAUUGCUGGCUAUAUUGCUACGACUUUGGGGGUGUUUAUCACGGUUAUGUAUUUUCGGUGGCGACAAGAAUAA